CACUAAUAUACAUUGAACUAACUGUACAAAAUAUUUUUCAAAAAUGUAAUGUCAUUUAGUUCUGAACAGUUGUACACAAUGUAAUGACAUUGAAAGUCAAUGUCGUCAAUGUCAUAUUCAUAUGACAUUAAGUUUCCUACUCGUGUGUUUAAGAAUGUGCGCGCUCAAGUGAUUACACAACAUAACAUUAAUUUAUAUAAUUGUUAAAGUAAUUCUUUAAGGGUAACAUCUUUCUACAAAUAAAUAAAAGCAGUUGCUUAUUGUAUUAGAAUUUCCAUUCAUCACUUGAGUUUUAUUUAAAUUUAAACUAAAAUGUAUAAUGUGAAAGGUCCAAGUAAAAUAGUUGCUAAAACGCGAAGAGGUCCACCUCAAAAUAUUGAGAACUUUAAAGAGUAUAGAAACAACAAGGGUUUGGAAAAUGAUGAUGAUCUGAUGAAUGGGCCCAAACCAGUCUUUCAAAAUGUGCCAAAGAGAUUUAUGCAUAAUAACAAUAACAACAACCAAUUGGAAUCUCAUGUGGAUAUGCCACAGCAUGGAGAAAUAAUAAAGUUUAUUAAUGACUCUUGGAAUUGUGUAUAUACAGAAGUAAACAACAAUAAUAAAGUUAUAAAUAGUAAAUCAUCAAAUGUUGUGUAUUAUAAGGAUGAGCCUGCAUCUGCAUUACAAAACUUUAAACCAUUUGAUCUAGAAUCUUGGUGGGGCAAAAGGAUAUACACUUGCAUAACCAGCUCUAUUAAUGGAAAUUGUUGAAUACAAAUAUAUAUGGAAGACAAACAUACACAUUAUACUAAUUUUUAUAUAAGAGUAGUAUAGAUUUAUGAAGGCUGAAUGUUCUGUAGUACUGUACAAAACAAAUGGUGAUAGAUGUUAGAAAAAAAACAAAUAUGAGAGAAAUCUGUAUGAGGGUAAAUGAUUGUAUUUUUGUGAUAUUUACUUUAUACUGAUGAGUUGAUGUUUUGUGACUAUAUUUGUGUGACACUCAUGUUGCAAUUGUUUUAUAUUAUUUUGUAUCAUAUCAAUUUAAUCAAUUGCAUUGGUUUCCCUAUUUAUGAACCAUUUGCAGGGUGUUAAAAUAAUUAUUACAAUAUACAUAUUUGUACCUGUGCUAGUCUUAUUUAAGGAAAAAGAAAUUUGUUAGUCCUGUUUAUUUCUUUUUUCAAUUGUGUGUUUAUUUACAUCAUGUUAUUAUUAAAAUAUUUUUACUACCAUACCUUAUUACA